ACAUGCCCGCCGCACCCAAGCCCACCACUGGCAAGUCCAAGGCCGCCGGCCAGAAGUACUUCAUCGACUUCUCCGGACCCGCCGCUGACGGAAUCCUCGACGCCGCUGGAUUCGAGAAGUUCCUCCACGACCGCAUCAAGGUUGACGGCAAGGCUGGCCAGCUCGGUGACGUCGUUAAGGUCCAGCGUGAGGGCGAGGGCAAGAUCAACAUCACCACGACCAUCCCCUUCUCCAAGCGCUACCUCAAGUACCUCACCAAGAAGUACCUCAAGCGCUCUCAGCUCCGUGACUGGCUGCGCGUCGUCGCCCAGCCCGGCGGUGGCUUCAUCGUCCGAUUCUACAACGUCUCGGCCGGUGACGACCAGGACGACGAGUAAGCGCUGCACUGCACCGCACUCGCCAUUGACGGAUAGGUGGGAUGGGUGGGUCGUCCGGGCUGGAAUCCAAGUCUGACGAACUCAGCUGUCGUUGCAUGGGGAAGCGUUGACCGCUGUCGCAGCGCUCGGAGCGUAGACAGCGGGCUGAUCAGUGGGCGUCGAGUGCUCCGUCACCCUUGUAUCACCAUCAAAAUGGGGCCGUCUAGCCAAUCAUACAGACUCACCACCCGCAGCAAUGCUUGUCGCCUGAAGGAGUGCCAGCGAGUGCGUGACGAGUGAAUCAGGAGCGGGUCGUAGCUGACGGAGGCUCCCGG